AUGGGCUGGUUCGACGGAGCCUCCUCCUCCACCAAAUCCUCCUCUGGAGGCGCCUUCGUUCGCCGGAGAGGGUCCCCAACCCGCAGCACAAAGGGCCACUCCUCCUCUAGCCACCACAAAGGCUACACCUCAACCCACCACGGCCGACAUUCGGCGCCGUCAAUUUUCAGCCUCGGCCGAGGCACCACAGGCCGCUCCUCCAGUCCAUCCGUCUUCUCAACCUUCUCGUCGUCGUCGCGCCGGGCUCGGCCGCGGGAGGGUUUCGUCCAGCGCAUGAUUCACUCCAUCAAGAAGCUUUUCCGGGAUAUUGUCCGGUAUGCGCGCAAGCACCCUGUUAAGGUGUUUUUCUUGGUCAUUCUGCCGCUGUUGACGAGUGGCGUUUUGGUCAAGCUGUUGGCUAUGGUUGGAUUGAGACUUCCGCAUGGAGUGGCCAGUGCGCUUGGUGGUGCUGGUGGUGGCGCGCGUGGGUUUGGGGGGAUGGAGGGUGCGAUGGGGGGUGUUGGGGGUGGGAAGGGGUUGUCGGAGAGUGUGAGUGGGUUGGUUAGUUUGGCGAAGAUGUUUGCUUGA